GGUGAAGUUGUAACUCGGUCGAACUUUACGCGAGGCUUUUCUGCGCUCUGAGGACUCGCCUGUGGAACUACAGCGUUUUUUCUUUAUGUGAAAGUUUGUGGACGCGGACUGAUUUUGUCACUACGGACGAAUUUACUGAAACAUAUUCUACAGGAAUACUUCACCGUGCGCUGCUUAGAGACUACCAAGGACUGACGGAUAGCACCGGGCUGUUGGACAGCAGUGUAGCCGAGGAAAGAUGAAGCGUGUGCGGAUAGAGCGCUCAGGAGCUCCCGGUCCUCUCUUCGCUCUUCUUCUAAUUGGUGGAUCCUUCAUGUGCAUUGCAGAUGGCAGCGAUUACAGUGAAGUUCUGCCAGACUCCUUCCCCUCUGCACCAGCUGAGCCUCUGCCUGAGUUCCAGAGUGAACCAGAAGAUACGUUUAUAGUAAAGAACCGACCAGUAAAACUGUCCUGCAAAGCUGCUCCUGCUACCCAGAUCUACUUCAAAUGCAACGGCGAGUGGGUCAACCAGAAUGACCAUGUCACCAAGGAGAGCCUGGACCAGGUCACAGGACUGGUGGUGCGUGAGGUCGAUAUCUCUGUGUCCAGAAUUCAGGUUGAGGAGCUCUUUGGCCUGGAGGAUUACUGGUGCCAGUGUGUGGCCUGGAGCUCGGCAGGUACCACCAAGAGCCGCCGUGCAUAUGUUCGCAUCGCAUACCUCAGGAAGAACUUUGAACAGGAGCCGCUCAGCAGGGAGGUCCGUCUGGAACAGGAAGUCUUGCUUCAGUGCCGCCCACCAGAGGGCAUCCCACCCGCUGAGGUGGAAUGGCUGAAGAACGAGGAGCUCAUUGAUCCAGCACAGGAUUCAAACUUCCUCAUAACUGUGGACCACGACCUGAUCGUCAAGCAGGCCCGUCUGUCUGAUACAGCUAACUACACAUGCGUGGCCCGAAAUGUGGUCGCAAAGAGACGCAGCAGCACCGCUACCCUCAUUGUUUAUGUGAGUGGAGGCUGGUCAUCCUGGACAGAGUGGUCCGAGUGCAAUGCACGUUGCGGGCGGGGCUGGCAGCGACGGACACGCAGUUGCACCAAUCCAGCGCCGCUCAAUGGAGGUGCUUUUUGUGAAGGCUCGCCCUUUCAAAGAGUCACCUGCACCACCCUCUGUCCAGUGGAUGGAGGAUGGACGGAGUGGGCAAAAUGGUCUGCCUGUGGUACUGAAUGCACACACUGGCGCAGCCGAGAGUGCCAGGCUCCUCCACCAAGAAACGGAGGACGGCACUGCGUUGGAAGCAUGAUGGAAAGCAAAAACUGCACCGAGGGACUUUGUGCCCAAAAUAAAAAGCUUUCUCUAGAACAUACAACCCAUCUGAUGGACUCUGAAGCAGGAGUGGCGAUGUAUGCGAGCCUAGUGGGGGGUCUGUUUUUGUGUGUAAUCUUUGUAAUCUGCGUGGGCAUCCUGGCUUAUCGCCGGAGCUGCCGCCAUUUCCACGGAGACAUUACCGACUCCUCAUCUGCCCUCGCCGCCACCUUCCACCCUGGCAACUAUAAACCACCAAGGCAGGAUAACCCUCAUGUGCUGCACUCCUCAGCUCCUCCUGACCUCACAGCAAGUGCCGGAACAUACAGAGGGCCCAUUUUCUCCUCCCUGCAGCAAUGCACACUGGCGUCACAGCACAAGAUCCCUAUGACCAACUCACCUCUGCUGGAUACUUUUUCCAGCCUCAAGAUUAAAGUGUACGACUCGUCUACCAUGUCUUCACUCGAGCUGCCCGCUGGUCUCGCAACUGUCGAUGAAGACAUCAUGAGUUUAAAGUCAGUGGGUGGUGGACUACGGGACCACCAUACCCACACUCUGCCUGCUGACCCAGGUCACAGUGCCAGUGCUACGCUGGGCAGCCUUGGAGGGCGCCUCACCAUCCCUAACACGGGUGUGAGCCUGUUAGUGCCGCCAGGAACAAUCCCUCAGGGAAAAUUCUACGAAAUGUACCUAAUCAUCAAGAAAUGGGAAAAGACCACAUUGCCGUCUGAGGGGGGUCAGACAGUGCUGAGCCCAGUGGUGAGCUGUGGGCCUUCAGGAAUGCUGCUAAGCCGCCCAGUCAUCCUUACCCUGCCCCACUGUGCCCAGCUUGAGCCCCCUGACUGGAGCCUCACCCUCAAAACACAGACCAACCACGGAGUGUGGGAGGAGGUGCUGACAGUAGGAGAGGAGAGUCUGACAUCACCAUGCUACCUACAGCUAGAAGAGCAGAACUGCCAUGUUCUGAUGGAACACUUGGGCACAUAUGGCCUUGUAGGCCAGUCAGUUCCUCCUCAACCCGCUUGUAAAAGGCUGCAGCUGGCCCUGUUUGCCCCUCGAGCUCCCUGUCUAUCUCUGGACUACAGCCUGAGAGUCUACUGCAUUCAAGACACACCAUAUGCUCUAAAGGAAGUGUUAGAGUUGGAGCGAAGUCUUGGUGGGGUGUUACUGGAGGAGCCCAAGUUACUUCUUUUUAAGGACAGUUACCACAACCUAAGACUAUCAAUCCACGACAUUCCUCACUCUCAUUGGAGAAGCAAACUUCUUGCCAAGUAUCAAGAAAUCCCAUUCUACCACAUCUGGAAUGGAAGCCAGCGGCCCCUGCACUGCACAUUUAGCCUGGAAAGAGGCAGUCUAGCCGUUUCCCAGCUCAGCUGCAAGAUCUGUGUCAGACAGGUGGAGGGGGAAGGACAAAUAUUUCAGCUGCACACAGACAUCCAGGAGACGUUGCCCCCUCACUCACCGCUGCCUGCAACAGGGACAUGCCUACCCUCCUCUCAGGUGGGUCCUUAUGCCUUCCGCCUUCCAGCAUCCAUCCGCCAAAAGAUCUGUGCCGGUCUCGAUGCCCCCAGUUCCAGAGGCUGUGACUGGAGAUUGCUUGCACACAGUCUGUGCUUUGACAGGUACCUGAACUACUUUGCCACCAAGCCAAGUCCCACAGGUGUGCUGCUCGACCUGUGGGAGGCCUGUCACCACGGUGACGCCGACCUGGUCUCCCUGGCGACUGCUUUGGAAGAGAUGGGCAAGAGUGAGGUCCUAGUUGUCAUGACGACAUAUGGGGACUGCUGA